AUGGUUAUGGCAACAGCUAUCCUCGAAAGCCACAAUCAAAAUGUUAACCAUGUGUCAAUGAAAAAGCCGCUUUUGGCGGAUUAUCGCCAUCACCAUGCGUUGGUCGACGCCAAAAAGCUCGUUGGGGAUGCGCUUCACCAACGCGUAGAAUCUGUCGACCAUGAGCUGUGCGAGCCUGGGGAUGAGGAUACAUUCUACGUUGCCGACCUUGGCGAGGUGUAUCGACAGCAUCUGCGAUGGAAGAAGAAUUUGCCACGUGUCAAGCCCUUUUAUGCUGUCAAGUGCAAUCCUGACGCUCAAGUUCUCCGUCUCCUAGCCGAGCUCGGUACCGGCUUUGAUUGCGCGUCAAAGGGAGAAAUCGAGCAGGUGCUCAGGAUGGGAAUCAGCCCCGAGCGCAUCAUAUACGCUCAACCGUGCAAGACAAACUCGUACGUCCGCUUUGUCAAGUCGGUUGGCGUGCAGCAGAUGACGUUCGACAACGCCGACGAGCUCUACAAGAUUGCAAAGCUUUUCCCCGAAGCCGAGCUGUUUCUGCGCAUCAUGACGGACGAUGCCUCCAGCCUGUGCCGGCUGAGCAUGAAGUUUGGUGCUCCGAUGGACACCACCGAGGGUCUCUUGGCUGUGGCAAAGACGCUGGGGCUCAAGGUAGUCGGGGUCAGCUUCCACGUCGGAUCAGGUGCUUCUGACCCCCUGGCAUUCUACAAGGCGGUGCGUGACGCACACACCGUCUUCCAGCAAGCUGGCGAGAUUGGGCUCCAUCUGCGCACGCUCGACGUCGGAGGCGGCUUUUGCGGAGACAGCUUUGAGCAAAUGGCCGGGGCCUUGCGCGGCGCCUUGGACGAGUUUUUCCCGGCCGGCAACAGUGUCAACAUCAUUGCCGAGCCCGGGCGGUAUUACGUCUCGACUGCCUUCACCAUUGCUUGCAACAUCAUUGCCCGACGCACCGUUGAGGAUCCCACGCUCGACGGCAAGGGCUACAUGGUGUAUGUCAACGACGGUGUCUACGGCAACUUCUCCAGCAUCAUGUUUGACCAUCAGCAGCCGGUUGCCAAGGUGCUCCGAUGCAACGGACGAACCGUCUACAACACGCCCUCGGCCCAUGCGUGCAGCGCAGGGGAGGGCGUCGAGUAUUCCGUCUGGGGACCGACCUGUGACGGCAUUGAUCGCAUCAGCGAGAGCAUUCGGUUCGACCGUGUCCUAGACGUCGGCGACUGGCUUUACUUUGAAGACAUGGGCGCUUACACCAAGUGCUCUGCCACUCAGUUCAACGGCUUCUCCAACUCGCACGACGUCUUGUAUGUGUGCAGCGAGCCAGGAGCCAGGGCUCUGCUGAGCAUGUAA